UUUUAACAAAAAUGGAAACAGUAGCUUCGACAGUUGACCAAGUUGACAUUAAAGAUACAUGCAUCACACCUGAUAUGGUCGAUUUGGUAGACAAAGAAGAUUAUAUUUAUUAUUACUUGGACUCUGAGGUGACCAAGCCAGAUAUUGUCGAUAGAUAUACUCCUGAAGACUUCACAAUAUUCUUCAAUCAUGGCAAGAACAAAAAGGAAAGAAUGAUUUAUCCAGUAGAAGGUCCUUAUGAAGAGAAAGAAGAGGAAGCUUAUGAGAAGCUCCUCGAGCUUUUCGAAGCAGAGGGAGGCGUGCCUGAACAAAUGGAUAAGAGAAGGUGCAUGAGAUUCUUAGUCACUAAUAAUCUCAAACCAAAGAAUGCACUUAAGAAUAUCAAGUCUCACCUUGAAUGGAGGAAGGAGACCAAGCCAAUGGUGUUAGGAGAUAUACACAAGAAGAUGUUGGACGAAGGAUAUAUUUAUAUCCAUGGAAGAGAUAGAUCCCUCAGGCCAAUUUGCUGUGCUAACUUGGGAGUAAUCAAUAAACUCAACUGUGAAGUCAAUGAUGGUGUGUUUAUGAACUGGUUCUUAUGCUUCUAUCUUAUUGAAAACUUUCUGUGCAAGGGGAAGGUAGAGAACUGGAUUUUUGUUGCAGACUACUGCGGGCUCUCUUUAGCUAAACUUCCUACCAAGACAUUGAAGAAGAUCAUGACAGAAGCACAGGAGCACUUAAAAUGUAGAAUUAGGAUGUUUUUCUAUUUUAAUGUUACUUUUGGUCUCAGAGCUAUUUAUACAAUGGUAUCUCCGUUCCUUGAUAAAAUCAUCAAGCAUAAGACAGUCAUGAAAGGAGGGUCAACAGAUGAUAAAUUUUUAUCAAUGGCACAUCCAUCCCAAAUCGAAGAGAAAUUCGGAGGCGAAGCUCCCAACGUGACCCAGUUCUGGCCACCUUACUGCCCUUCCAACGAAUAUGAUGUCGCUGAGAGCUCUCUUACAGGCUAAGCUAAAUCAGCCUUUACCAGUCAGAAGACCUCUCAGAGUCUCUCUAAGCUCAAUAAGAUGUACCGAUUUGGCAAAU